GCUCCAGCUCUUAGCAACCGUGCCUCGGCAACAGAGCCAAGGCAACAGCGUGCCGUGUCUCCCCAAUGGAGCUGCCAUUGGGCGGACCAGCGCUCCGGCACUACACCCAGAGCAGACCGAGACCUCAUCGUCAAAAGCUGAAUUAUCGUCCCACCAGACUACAGGAGACCAUAAUCGAGUGUGAAAAUGAAGACUUUGAGCUUAUGGGGCGAGUCGAUGAAGGAGUUGAAGAGUUCUUUACAAAGAAAGUACUUCCCACUGAAACACUAAAAAAAGAAGAUGAUGAUGAAGAAGAAAUCAUCACAGUGCACGAAGUGGCUCCUGCAAGCACUGCCCCUUGUCCACCACCAACUAAAACACUCAGGAGGAAACUUGGUGAUUUUUUUACUCUUAAAAAGAGGCGUGCUCUAAAAUCCGAGCCAAGCCAAGAGGGCCGUCCAAAAAAGGCAUCAAUUGCUGAUUUUAUUCGGCCUCUCAGGGAAGUGGCCAGAGGUGAAAAGGAUAAAGAUAAAGACAAAGUGAAGGAACAUGACAAGGAAAAUGAAAAGGAAAAGGAAAAGGAGAAAAGCAAAGAUGGAACUGACACUGUGGAAGGUGUUCAGGGGAUGCCUAUUUCUGAUGCUCCACCAAUGAGAGGUGAAGCGGUGCCCCCCCGCAGGGCUCUCCGAGAGGGCAAGUCCCAGUCUCUCAUUUUACUGUCUGGAUCAGCCUCUGGGGCUAGUAGAAAUAAGAAACUUGAUGGCCAAAAUAGUUUUGAACAGAAACUUCAUCUAAUGCUGCAGCGCAUUGGCGUUUCUAAACCCCAGCCUGGAGAGACACAGAAUCAAGAAGGAGAGAUGAAAAAGGCAGAAUCUGAAGGUACUAUCAUUGACAAUAAGCCAGAGCCAACAUCUACAAAGCCUCGAACUAUGUCUGCAUCAUCAGAUACCAGACAUCAACUUCGAUCCAGUGUAUCAGCACAUGAGUCAGCAGGAAAACCUCCUCUACUACCGAAACCAGUCAUCAAGCCUUGCCCAAAUGCCACGAUAUCUCACACUCCUGAGAAUGAACUAGACCAAAUAGAAGGAGACCCCAAUGCACUGUCAUCAAAAAGGGAAGAGGCUGCUCCAGCUGUCAGUGCAAACUCCCCUCUGACAAUCUCAGACACUGUACCUGAUUCAGCCACAGUUUUACCUUCAAGUAAAACUGACACACAUGUAUGCACAGAGUCCACUGUAGAGACCAUAGCAUUUGCAAUUGAGGAAGAGUCGCACAGCACAGUUAUCCCUGAAGCUAGCCCAACCACCACUGAAGGACCCCCUUCCCCUACAUUAGAAAAAGCACUUAAAUGCACCCUUUCACCUACAACACCCACCCAUGAGUGUGAUACUUCAAGUUUGAUAGAAACUUCAACAUUUACCACACCUUCCACUUCCACAUUGGAAACUGUUAUUUUAGAAACUGCACCAAGUGAUGAUAACUCUAAAACAAUGGCAAAUAUUUCCUCUAAACUUUCGGUGCCAGAGCCAAAUCCUACUGUAAUCCAUAGCACUCUAGACACUGCUCUAACCUCUACCAGCAUAUCACACAUACCAGCAGGUCAAUCAGACAAUGUAGUUAUGACUGAAAGUGAUGAAUCUACACUGUGUACACAUGAAGGUAAAACUACUACAUCUGAGGCUCUUAGCUUAAGUGAUUGCUUGGUAACUGUUACUUCAACAAUUGCUGUUGACAGUACCUUUGUUACCACAACAGCUUCUUCUGCCCUCUCUGAAACCCUGUCUACCACCUCUAUUGCUGCCAAAUCUGAAAUCCCAGCAUCCCCAACAUACACAAUCUCCCCUUCAACCAUAAAUCAUACAUUCACAGCCAGUCAGGCUUCUAUCUCUGUCACCUCCAUUGUCACUAUUGCAUCUGAAAUGACUGACACCUCUCAAAACACAGCAGGGUCCACUACCAGCUCCCCAGCCAUGGCAAUCUCAGAGCCUUCUCCACAUACUGCCAUUAAUCCAAUCACUGUGGAAGUUUCUGCCUCUGACAAUGAAAAUGUUAUGGCUGAUCUGACCACCCCUUCAGAUGAGCACUCAGACCAAAAACAUGAGCUGACAUCACCAACUGAAGCAUCUGUCAAAGAAGAUUAUGUGAAUUUCACUGCAGAAAAAGUGAGAGAUGUAAUCCAAAUGAUUGAGGAAACCAACACAGCUGAGAUUAAAGAAAAAAGUGAAAGCAGCAAAGAGAGUGAAAAGAUAACAGAGGAACUAACAGUGAUCAGUGGUGAUAUAGUACAAGAUAGUGAAGAGAAGUCUAAAGAAGAAACCGUGAAAACAAAUGGCACAGCAGUAGCUGAAACAGAGGCAUCAAAUGGAGCAGGAGAUGAACUCUCUGGAGAUGAGACAGUGAAUGAAAAGCAACAAGAAAUUAAGUCUACUGAUGAAAAGUAAAUCCAAUAAUUAAAGUUUCAAAAUUUGGGACCAAAAACUGUGACUUAAACAAGAGAGUCCACAGUCAACCGAUGAUGGGGAAAUGAUCCAUGGCACUUCCUACACGGUCCACGGACCACCUUUAUCGCAGCACACCUCAGCAGGUGGACCACGGGACCAAAGAUCUGAAAUCCCCUUGAUGUGAUGUAUCAAAAAAUCCAGCAAGUCCUU